GGACAGUUACAGCGGUGGUACCGGGAGUGGCACCGGUACUGGCAGCAAAUAGCAUUUAUCUAAGCUGUGUCCCUCUUGUCUCACUUGCGGAGCAGUGUACCUGUUCUGUAACCAGCCUUUAUCCCUUUAUCUUUACCACAGAUAAGGCCCCGAAAAGUGACUGCAUUGGACUUUGGCGAAACCCAACCGAUUAAGGUAGGCCGGGGGGACAUCGACCGUCUGGAUCUUGUUUUUUUUUUCUUUUUUCUUCAUCCCCCCGCAAGCGCGGUCUGGUGUCUGGUGCUGGCGCUGACAUUUGGCGUUGCCAGAAUGCGGUGAUUAUCGACCGAGUCGCAAAGAUGCUCAUUGUUCAUGCUUGGCGGUUUUUCCUCCCAGGUUGUGCGGGGGCUGACCGCGACAUGGUGGCGUGUUUCGCCAUUGGUGAUGACCUCAAAACUUCUACUAUAGAAACGGGGAGAGUAAAUGCGACCAUGUUUCUUCAGUGCUGUCCAAUGUCUCCGAUGACCUUUUCAGAACCCACAAGGGAGGGGGGAUGCACACGCAAGGCGACACACCCAGCUACAAGCAUCUUGUUGGUGAAGAAGCUGCCGUCAGCAUUCCGGCCGAGAUCAAAAACACUGACUGGACUCAACCGAUCCCCGCGCCUGCGGCGUGAUGACUCUCCGCCCGUUGCUGUCCGACGCUUUCCUUUUCCAAGACAGCUUGUCUUGCCUUGGCUCAAGGUCUGAAGACACAUCUCCGAAGAACAUGCGAGUUCAAGACAUUUCCUAAAUUUCCAUUUGAAAUUCUCAGCUUAUCGUUCAGAUACCAACAAAAAUUCGAUUGCAAU